AUGGAUUCAGAAGGUGGUGUGGUGUCCCACUUGCCCACGAAUUUCGUUUGGCCAAAGGAAUAUCUGGUGGAUGCCCAAGGCGAGCUCCAAGCACCAGUGGUGGACCUUGAUGGGUUUCUGAGAGGGGAGGAAGAGGCCACACAAUGUGCUGCAAAGCUCAUAAGGGAAGCGUGUUUCAACCAUGGCUUUUUCCAAGUCAUCAACCAUGGCCUUGAUUCAUGCCUCAUUCGUCAAGCACAUCAUCAAAUGGACACUUUCUUUAAGCUCCCAAUUCACAGGAAGUUGAAUCUUCACAAGACACCAGCUUCCAUCUGGGGCUAUUCUGGUGCACAUGCUCAUCGCUUCUCCUCCAAAUUGCCAUGGAAGGAAACCCUCUCUUUUCCCUACCAUGACAACAACACCUCCCAACAUGUUGUAACCAACUACUUUAAAUCCACCAUUGGAGAAGACUUUGAACAAGCUGGAGUGGUAUUCCAGAAGUACUGCGAUGGUAUGAAGCAGUUGGGGUUGAAGCUGACGGAGCUAUUGGCCAUAAGCUUAGGCGUAGAUCGGUUGCAUUUCAGGGAGUUGUUCUCAGAUGGAUGCUCCAUCAUGAGAUGCAACAACUACCCAUCUUGCCAACAACCGAACCUUACGUUGGGGACAGGACCACAUUGUGAUCCAACAUCAAUAACCAUACUUCACCAAGAUCUUGUUGGGGGACUUGAUGUUUUUGCGGACAACCAGUGGAAGACGGUUCCACCUCGUCUCGAUGCCCUUGUAAUCAACAUUGGAGACACCUUCAUGGCGUUAUCAAAUGGGAGAUACAAAAGUUGCGUGCAUAGGGCAGUGGUUAACAAGUACAAGGAGAGGAAGUCGUUGGCGUUCUUUCUGUGCCCUAAAGAAGACAAGGUGUUGAGAGCCCCAGAUGAAGUUAUCGAGAAGGAUGGGACGAAGCAAUAUCCCGAUUUUACAUGGUCAGAUUUGCUUCAUUUCACGCAAAACCACUACAGAGCAGACCAAGCUACUCUGCCAAACUUCUUCAACUGGUUCCUAUCUUCCAAAGCUACACACUAGCUUUUCGCUAACCUACAAAUCCAUUCUGUUCUACUACUUUUUCUUUUUCAACCACCUUCUUCAACACAAUCUCCCUUCUAAAUUCUCCCUCUACUUUUCCCACCUACACUCCAAAAACAUCUCUCUUCCAC